AUGCUGAAUGGCUCUGCUGGGAUUUCGUACUCAGGACGACGCAAUCUCCGAAGCAAUGUUCCCCUCGAUGCCGGGCUUCUUCUUCUUCUUCUUGUUCAUAAAGUGCCAAACAUGGACCAAGUCGCGGCUUGUUUCAGAGCAGCAUAUGCGGAUGCGGUUGGGAGCACUCCUUUGCUAGCGUCCGCUGAGGAACGUGCGGUCUUCGUCAAGAACUCGCUCGAGUUUGCGUUAAAGGUCGAAGCACAGUCCAGAGACGUUACCGCAGCCGGAGCUGAGCAGCAGCGAACCGAGAUUGAUCGGGCGAGACAGCGACUUUGGUUCUUCUGUGUGGGUGCUGCUGAGCUCCUGAAGGAACCUGGGGCUCAGUUUCCUUCGCCUUCCUUGGUUACAGCUGCCCAGCAGGCUCUUCGCCAGCGUCAGCAACAUUGGUGCAAUCGCCUCGCUGCUGCGAGUCGCUUAUCGGCUGAUACUACCCUGUCAACUGCUGACGAGGUGGAUUCGCUGAUAGCCCUAGUCCGAAUAGGGCUGACUGUGCUUGGCCUCUUCGUUUGCCUGAGUAUCCUCGGAGAGCGUGAACACUGGCGGGGGCCGUUUCUCUGUGAGCUCUGGCAGCAAGGCCGUGCCGUCUAUGAAGCCUUGGAACGACAAAAGGCCUCGUCUGCAGCUUUGAGAACGACCGCUUCCUUCUUACAGAGCUACUGGUUGGAUGCACUCUGCACUGCUACCUGGUGGAUCGCUGACCUUUCCAAUCAUGCUGCGGCAACAGCAUGGACGCUCGACACAUCCCCAUCCAGUCUGCUACAAAUCAGAGACUCUGCCUCUGCUCAAUGCUCAGUCUGGAAUCCUCUUCACUGUAGUUUUACUCAGCCUUGCGCUACUAUCCGGGACCAGCACUGGAAUUGCAGAGGCUGCAGCGCCCUGCAAGCCUCAUCCUGGACUCCUCAUCAAUGUACUUUCCUUCUGACUGGACGCUCGUUUCGUGACCAGCAUUGGUAUCGCUGUAGCACUUGUGCCUUUCGGGAGGAUGAGGGCGUCUGCACGAGCUGUGCACUCAUAUGCCAUGCCGGACACGAGGUUUCGUAUGUUCGUUUCAGCGGCUUUUUCUGUGACUGUGGCGCCAAUGCUGCUGCUACGACACCCCGGACAAAGUGUCUCUUAUGUACGCUGGUCAGGAGCGAAGAGACAUCUUCGACGACGAGCUCUAGCGAAGCCCUGCAUACAUCAACGGAGACGCCCAGAGGUGCUGAACGACGUCCCGCCAAGGCGCCCGAACUCCGUGACGAACACUUGCUGUGGAUGAGGCCGCCCUCCGUGAGCCCGUUGGUGGAGCUCGACUCCACCAAGGCCUGCUUCUACCACGUUUUCAUGGAAAUUGCCCAGCUUCAUGGAUCGAGCGACCGCUGCCCUGUCCGCGACGCUUCGGGUAGCGGAGAAACUGCUCCGGCAGGCGUCCUUCUUGCGAAGGCGAUUACAGAACAUUUACAAUCAACAUUCGAGUGGCUUCGCGACAGCGUUUUGUUUCGUUUUCUACAAUCACCGACACCAGGGGAAAUACCCCUAGAGACAAAUGCUCAGUCGCAGAGCGUUGUGCAAAUGCCCGGCACAGAGCAAGCUCCGCGGAAAGCGUUCCUUCCAGCGCUGCACAGAGCAGCUGCUGCUGGAGAUGAGUCGCCCCGCACUGCGACCUGCAACGCUCGAGAUGUACGGGAAAUUCAACAGGACACAUGCCAAGUACGCGGAGCCGGCACUUACAUUCAGCGAGCGACCUGGAAACCGGAAGCCGUCCAAGUCCUCACGCGUGUGCGCCACGUGGACACGAACCAGGGACAGUCGACGCUGGGCAUGGGGGUGUUUUGGCAACUGCUUCCCUGCGGAAAGCAGGAGGCCAGGAACCCACGCGAGCUGCAUUGGCACCAUGAGCCGGUACUCGCCUUCGUCGAUGGACUCUUUCUCGUGACGUUAGCGGCUUCCGAGCAUCACGUUGCAUUUCUAUCCGAUGAAGCGGAUAUUCGCAGGAGUUCAGCAUCGGUGCCAGUGCACCCGAGUUCGGAACCGCUCGAGAGAGCUCCACUUGCUGGUUGUGCUUGUACAGGCACAGUGAGAUCCACUCGUCCAACAGCACUGGAUGCUCGGCGCUGGAUACGACGCCCUCUGGGCUUCUGCGCAGGUGAACUGGGAUUUGCACCCAGCUGCCCGCGACGGGGAAGUCUGCAGCGUCUCCUUGCGCUCAAUCGAGAAACGUCAACGCUACGGCUGUACUGCGUUGGCUCGACAGUCGCGGAUGUCGAUGGGUCUUUGCACGCCCAAAGCUGCGCUAGCGAGUCACCAAGUCGUCCUGUUGCAGCUGCGGCACAUCCGGUGGUGGAACCCGAUAAAGUUCGAUCGGUGACGCUCCCAACGUCUGGGCAGUCGUUCACAGCGUCAUGGGGUACCACUGAUGCGGCUGCGGCUGGUGAUGGAACAACUGUUGUUCAUUCUGCGGAAGCGCUUGUUGGUGCAUCAGGCUCACGACCUGCUCCUGCUGGUCCUUCUGCGAACACUGCCACACUUGUGAACGCUGUUGGCGUUUCUGCUGAUGCCGUUGUAAGCGACCAGCUAGCCGAGUAUCCGUCUAACACCCGCAGCAGGAUGCAAGCACCAGCGAGACGAUCGACGAUUCGAGCACAUCGGGCUCAACGGGUGCUGCAACGGUGGCGUGAGUAUCACCAGGUUCACGCAAAACGCUGUUUGCGUCUGCUGCUCCGACCAGUGCCUGGCCCAGGAGCAGCGAGUGCGGAGGGCGGUACAGCGUAUGGCGCUGCGGAAGUGGCAACUGUACCGAAGACCACGCCUGCGACGCUGUCGCUCGAGCAGCCUGAACGCUCGUCCACUGGCACGAUGACGUUCGCAGCGCCGGCUGAAGCGUCACAAUUCGGUGCUCGCCGAGCAACCAGCACAGAUACCACAUCAUCACAGCAUCCAGGCAGGUUGUAUCUGCUUCUAGAGCGCCAAUGCCUCGAAACAGGGGAGCCCAUCCAAGAGGCAUCCUGGCUGGAUGCCUAUGCUAUAGACUGGUUGCUUUGUCUGGGACGCUCGCGCUCAAGCCUUGAGGUGCUAUCUAUCGAGUACGCCUGUUGGUGUUGGUUCUGCCGAUGGAUUCGUGAGGCACACGGGGAAGCUGCAGCAUCAGCAGCGGAUACGACGUCGAGGCCAGCGGGUCCAGACGGCACGGAAACGUGCCUGACUGUCUCUGAAGCGCCCUCUGGCACCGUGUCCAAUGACGAGGAGCCGUUUCUCUGGCUCUCGUUUGCCGAUAUGGAUGAAGCGCUCGCUGCAAGACAGCCGUGCACGCUGCGGCCGGCUCCAUGUACAGAGGCAGCAGCGGAGAAUGCUCGUUUACUUCUAGAACAGACGACAGGUAGUGAAUCCCAAAUUCUUCGCUGGUUACCUGACGCUGCACCAGAACAUGACCCGUGGCACAUGCGGGAGCGGAAACGUUUCCGUCUCAUGUUUAGCAACGCACGAGAUGGAGUAGCGGAAGGUUUUGUCGCGAGCAGCGCAACUACAGCUCGGGAUAUCUGGCACAGUGAGGUCACAGAAGCGACUCUGGCGGGCCCAGUGACUGCCUGGACGUACGGUCGAGUGUUCUUCGACGCUUCAGACCGGAACCGGUCACCUCCUGGUCGUCUUCUGUUGUUCCUUGUACUAUCAAAUCAACACCUCGUGGUUUACGAGUAUGUUGCUGAAGCGCGUGCCGCCUCUUCCGUCGAUAUUGAGACAUCCGGCCUGCGGCAGGUGGCCUCGCUGGAACUCCCGCUGUUCGAUACAACACCUUGCAUGCAUACACUGGCAAACGCUCCUGAGGAGAAACCGUCUUCACCGAGCGCAACAUCAACAUCGACACCAGCACGCGUCUUGGGCCUCUUCUAUGAGGCAGCACAGCAGGAACUCAUGCUCUACUGGUCGAACGGUCACUGGAGUCGAUGGAAGCUAACCUGGUGUCGUGAACCUGGUCUCGAUGCUGCACCAGAGCCGGACAUCGGCUCGCGUUCUAUUCGAAAUGGGCAUCGCUCGCUUUCCAGUGAGCGCCUCCUGCCGUUCAUGCCGCAACUCGAACUGACAUCUGUGAAUUCUGGAUGCCUUUUCGAGGGAAAGGCGAUUGUCGCUGAGCGCGAAGCUCUCGAGGAUGUCCAACGAGUUCCCGUCCGAUGCCCGCAUGGGUGUUGCUGCACCUCGUCGUCGUGCUCACUGAUGCUGUUGCGAUCCGCACGAACGCUUUAUCUGCUUUGGUGGCAGAGAGAAAAGCGCUGCUGGAUGGCGACUCGACAAGGCGCACCAUAUUCGUCUGUGUCGGAUGUGCGAGUUCGACAAGCUGGAGCGAACUCAGGCGCGGAAACAGCAGCGCAGAACACCUCCAUGGCGACACAAGCAGACUCGCGAGAACAGCUGGCGAUACUCUGCAGUCUCGAUGCCGGUACUCAGGAUGCUUUGCUACCAGAAAGAGCUCGUCGAAUGGAUCGACCUAUUCCCGAGCGUUGCAGGCAGCAGCGACUAAUCCAGGCUACAGGCUGGGCGCAACUCGAAGCCACAGCGUGCGAAUCAGCGUCAGCGUUUCUCAUCGAUGUGAUCAUGCUUCUUGAGGACGGCACCGUUCUGGGUACGCAGACGCGUCUCUCAUGCGACGUGCAGAUAUCCUGGAACGCUCUGGAAGGUUCAGAGCGACCUGAUCGGCAGCCUGUGUCUGCAGUAGAUUCUUGGAAGCAACAGAAACAUCCAGAGGGCGUCAGGUACUCCUGUUCAGGCGACGUGCGUCUGUCACAGCCUCACGAGCGAGACUUGAGCACAGCAGCUGCUCGCUUUGCGCAUCUGUACUGGAAUCAUUCGACAGCGGAGGCCGUGUGGCUACCAGCUAGCCCAGAGGACGGCGUUGCUGCUGCUGACGAUGAGGAUGAAGCUACACCUCCUGAUGUUGCUUCUCUUCCUGAAACUCCUGUUGAAGAUCAUCGAGGCGUUCGCGGAAAUCCUGUUUUGCAAGUGCGUUACCCGUGGAUACACUGUGCGACGAGCGUUGCAUAUCAGAUGACCUGUUCGCGGUCGGUAUCGCCAUGGCUAGGGCGACCGCAAGGCAACUCGGUGCCUUCAGCGCUGCUCCUUGCUGAUCAGCGGAACAGCAACGGCGGUCUGGUGGGCUUUUUUGAGCUCCUCGACCGGGUACCUUCCGGGAUGCUCGCCUGGACCGGUGAUAUGUGGCAACUUGGCCUGCGUUCGAUGACCGAGACACAGUCAUGGUUGGAGCAGUGGCCCAGCGACUCGAUGGAGCUGCUCAGCGCACCGAUACGAGCAUUCACGUACCGGUCCUCGGCGGAGCAGAGACCUUUCCGUCGCGAAGAUGACGCCCCUGGGACGCGACUCACGGUGCUAGCGUACCGAGUGCACUCGACGUCCAGCUCUGGUGCGGCUAGGGAGAAGCGCACCGCAGGCCUGCUGCAGAUGCCCCAGCGAUGUGAGGAUACUCCGCUGCCUCUGGCGGCGGAUGCGCUUCUCGGCCAAGAGCAAGGCCAACAUCAUCAACUGGUGUUUCAUGUGUCCAAUGUCGGUGAUAAUGAUGCUAGCUGGGCUCUUCUGGGUAUACGAAUGGCGUGGUUGCAACCUAACCGUUCCGGUGUGCAGGGUGUUGCGACACCAACGCAGCUGGAGCCGCAGCUGGUCGAGCUCCUCGUCCAGGGCGACCAUGAACCAGCAACCGUUCCAGAGCGGGGAACGUCUGCACCCUGGACUUCGCGCUUGUCACUGGAGUUGCUUCCUGAUCCCUGGGUGAAUCCGGUGCCUCCUGAGCAGGGCACUUGGCGCUGGAUGGAAUACUGCUGGGAUGAUCCUGUGGUCCUGCGGCGCAAUCCCUGCAAUCGACAAGUUGUACUGACGAUACGGGCACCAGCAAUGGACGCUGCAGAGGCGUCCGCUUGGUUGGUGCUCGGCACCAUAGAGGUGUACGGAGUGCGACUUUGCGACAGCCGCUGGCCUAACCUGCUGGGCUUCCUCGAAUGGAGGCGAAAACUCCUGAGACAGCUCGAUUCCGCUGGGAACACACGGCCUCGUGCGGAAGCUAGGAAGGGAGAGGUUUCCGCGCUCCAGUCGCAGGCUACGACUAGGCCAGGAACGGCAUUGUCGUCAACCUGUCCGCGGUUAGCAGAUAAGGAUGAAAUUGGAAAGGCCUUACACGCUCAGGAUAGACUGGCUCCAGCAUUGUCCGUGUCCGGUACUGCUGUAUCAUCGGGAAUACCGGUCGGAAAUGCAUUGCCAGCAGCAGACGACGGAAUAGCCACCACCGUGGAGCAGCGUUCUGAACGCUCACGAAUGGAAAUCAACGCUUCUAGCGCAGAGGUGGCAUCCUCUUCCGCCGCAGUAUCUUCGGGAACGCCUCUACUGCCAGCACAGCACAUCGCUUUGUGUGAACGCGAUAAGCUUCGCUCAACGGAAGCUGCACAUUCGGCAGCAGUCCAAGAUAUCGCUUCCGCGGAUAACAUCGAGGACACUGCCGCUGGACGAAUUGUCUGGCGAGCAUGCUGGAUGCUUGCCGCUAUCUUGGCGAUCACGGGGGAUAAUGCGACGACCGGGCUCCAACUAGUCGAUGGUUCACUGCAACAUCGCCUGAAGAGCUUUCCUGGUGCUAGCGAUGCAGCAGAGGACGCCAACUCGCCACAAAUGAAGCAUCCAAGCGGCUACCUUGAUCGCCACUGGUUCGGAACGUGGCGUGCGUUAUGGAAACUUCUCAGCACUAGGAAGUAUUGUUGGCAAAAGCGUCUGAUGUUUGCGCAGUCGCUUCAGGAGACUGGCGAUGAACACGCUGCGCUCGAGCAACUCUUGCAUGCGGAGACGCAUCAAGCCAGACGCUUUCUACGUCUAGAUGAUACGGAGAACACGCUUCUCCUACAGCAACAAGCCCGGAAAUGCUUCGGCUGCUGGUCAGCGGAUCAGGAUCAAGUACCAGCAGCUUGGACGAGGGACUUGGUAUGCUGGACGGUUGACAGUCUCGACACGUGCAGCGAUCAACACCAGGGACGAGAGGCACUCCUCUGGGCUAUCCAGGGACUAGAAUGGCUCUACGAAGCGUGCGCUUCAUGGACUACCACCACCACCACCACCACUGCCACCACCGCAGCACAUUCGACAACUCGUUCGGAUCAAGGGCAUCCUUUAUCGAUAGAUGCGGCCAGCGUCUGCUCUUCACAGGAGACGCUUGUCUUAUCGAUAGACUUGGCCCGUGUGUACGCAGAGACUGCGGCAGCUUGGCUGAGCGCCUUUGACACCGAGGGUGCUGGUUCUGCGUCCGCGCCAAAUGAAGAAGAUGAAUCAUCGCAACGGGAUCGACCAACGUUUACAGAACGGAACCUCUGGACAGGUUUCCUCGUGGCGGCGAAACGACUCGGAGACGCCUGGUGCUCGUCGAGCCGGUGCUGGCAACAGCGUCCAAGUCGGCAUGCGAACGAAGGUUCCUCGUCGGAACUCGAUUUCUCCGCAGUUUUCUCGUGGUUAUUUGAACCAUUUAUUACGGAAGCAGCACCGAAUGUGCUUACGAGAUUCUUGCAAGUCUGGCUCACGGAUGUCGACAAGUUGAUCGGCGUCGAUGCAACGCAUCCUUCUGCGUUCGACUACUUGGACACUUGGCUUAGGGCCUGCUCUCAUCACUGUGCACUGCACUCCUCUGAGCAGACGGAGUGUCGAGCGCGGAUGCAAGCGGCCCCGAGUGCUUUACACGGGCGCUGUGCCCUGCCCUGGCGACGGCUGCCUCCUGAACGGCUACGCCUCAUCUUGCGAGCGAGCCUCCUAUGUGUCUCUGACCAGAAUCACUGGUGGUCGUUGUUGCGCCUCAUCAACAACGUCGUUACGUCCGCUUCUCACAUGGACGAAGCGCUGCGCACUGCCGAGCAUUUCGCUGCCUUACUCAGCGAUGAAGAGGCUGUUGUAGAAUCGUCGACGCGAGCUAUGGAUUCCUGGUCGACUUUGGAAGUUUUCUGGAUAGUAUCAAACACCGUAGCACCGCACAUGAUGGACUCGAUGUCAUUGUUCGAAACUGCAACUGGACCUGGAGCAACAUUCGAGGCACUUGCGGCUGGACGGCAGCGCGAAUGUUCACAACGCCGAGAGACACACCACGAUAUAGCGCUCUCUGUAUGGAUCAGGUGUUUUCAACAGCAAUGGGUACCUGAUCAUUGGUCAGACUGUACUGCCUGGUUGCGAGCGUACUUUUUUCUGGUACUUGCUGCGAGUUGUCUCUGGUUUACGGUUGGUAAUGGGAAUGAUCUUUCUGGUUCGGCUGACGCUACGACGACCUGCAUUGCUGCUGCUGCUGCUGCUGCUGCUACUUCUAGUACUUGCAGUCGUGACACCACUACUGCUCGUAUGCGUACUUCUACUGUUGUUGAUGAUGGUGAUGAUGAUGCGACUACCGUAUCUCCUGCCUCUACGUUUACUGCUACCGAUCCAGCAACGGCUAGAAUGAGGCCCUGCGAGGCCGGUGUUGCCUCAGCUUGCAGCCCCGAUAGCCUUGUGGAAGCCAGCAACUCGGGCAAUGAGCCGGGCUGGAACGUUGCUGCCACGCGAACGCUCAUCGAGUCGGUAGAGUUAGCGCUCUGGGACUGGUACGGUGCUGGUUUGUGUUUCGGAUACCUGGAACAGCCUCCAGCUGCCUUAACAGACCUCGUGGAGGUGCUCAUACCCUCGCGAGAUGUCGUAUCCGCGGCGUUCCAGCUCGUCGCCGUUCGCCAGACUCUAGCAGCGUUAUCCACAGUGGACAAUGGAGCAUCUGCGCUAUGCGACGCCUGCUGCGACCCUGCUGGCCAAACACAACGAAAAACGUCCACGUACUGGAACCGGUGGCAACGGCAGCAGCGGGUACAACAGGCUGUGCUCUGGAUAAGCGCUGUACGGGAACGUGAGUUGUGCACGGACCUGGGACUAGCCACGCUUUUACCGACACUAGUCACUGCAUUGAAGCACGAUGAUCGCUAUUCAGCGGGUCUUUUGUUGCAAUCGCUGCUCACAUUGGGGAGCGAGCUAGCGCACUGGCAACAGAUAUCGCUUUCCCUGCGUUUGACUUGGGCCUGGCAACUUUUGCGCCUCCUCCUGGUGGAGCCAGAACUCCGGCACUGGGCCCAAGACGCUUUGGUGAUUGUUCUGGAACGAUUGCUGUGCGACUUGAUGGAUGCUCCAGACCCUGGGGCCUGGGCAGCAACAGGGCAGCAGUCACCAGCAUGCGCUGGUGUAUGCGACGCUUCCGAGGCAUCGAUGUUGCUGGUGCUUUUGCGAAAGUACGUGGCGCUCUAUCGACCCCGAGCGCUCUGCAAAGCGCUACCUACACUCGCAGACUGGGUCACGCUCCUUGCUGCACACUUGCAUAUCACAGCGGAACUGGUUGGACUCGAACGCUUCCUGAUGCAGGCGACAUUCCCGGGGUCCACGACCGCGGUCACUGAACGCAGCUGUGGGCGCGAGGCAGGCGCAACACCAUCCAACAACCAGGAGCAAGUCUCUUGGCCGCUUUCUUGGUUACUGGCAUCGCCGGUGUGUGUGGACUGUUUCCACGAGGCGCAAGGUGCGGGCCUGACGCUCCAGGCGGCCGGAGUGCAUGGCGCUAGGAGCAGUGCAUCGUUGCAGACUGCACAGCUUAGCGGAAGCACUUGCCUGGGCGGUGCUUCGUCGGCAGCAGCAGUCGCUGGAACGUUCGUCAAGCGCCAACCUCUAUCGACUCUGGCGACUUGCGUACGCUUUGAUGACGAUCGUAUUCAGGCGACAUGGACGAGCCCGAAACGACUGCACUGUUUGGGUGUGCGCUUGCGUCACACUCGUCGAAGCUUGGCCACGAUACUCGGGUUUCGUGUAUUGGUGCGCUCUCUAGGUACCGCGCUGGAUGCUGCCGAAGUUCCUGGAGCAAGUGCAACGCGUGCUCCAGCGAACUGGCGAUGCCUCUGUGAACUAGUCUACCGCCAGGAUGGGGCGCUGCUUGGUGUGCUCUGCUUUCUGGAUGAAUGGCCGGAACCGCUGUUGGGUGCUGAUAACGCCCUCGCAACUGGACUUGCACUCGGCUUGACGCGUCAGACUGGCCGUUGUUGUGUACCCGAAACGCAAAUUUGUCCGCGAUGUGCUCGCCUGGUGAGUGAACGGGGCGGCGUCUGUCCAGCUUGUCGAGAGAACGUCUAUCAGUGUCGAGCGUGUCGCUUCAUUGAUUACGGGCGACUUGAUGCCUUGCUGUGUCGUGAAUGUGGCAACUCGCGUCUCAUGCGUUGUGAUAUUCAAGUCGAGACGAGCGACGUUGAUCAGGAAGGGACGUUGUUGGAAGCGCUCAUGCAUUGGCGCUUCCGGCACACAACCGGUACAAGCAGCAGCAGCAUCAGCAACACCGGAAGCGGAGGCGGAACGGAAACUGCACCAGGGGGAAAUGCUAGCGCACCGGCAGUCAGCGCGGAAACGCAUGAACCGAAAGCUGCUGCUGCUGCUGCUGCUGCUGCAUGGAUCGGUGCUCGAGAACGUCGAACAGCGCUCGUCGCGUGGUGCCUACACGCCCCCACUGAGGCGCUUUUACCGGUUGCGUGUGCGCGAUGUGCGCAACGGCGGCUUCCUCGCCUUUGGACGAUGUUCGCUGAAGCAGUUGGGCGUGCUGAAUCCGCAUCGACUGACCAGUGGAGCCAAGUGUUCGAGCCUCUGCACCGUGCCUUGUUGGUGCUGUUCAGUAGUGGCGGUUUCAUCGAUGGCGAGAGAGCAACGCAACAGCUGCCAGUGACGCUGGGCUCAUUGCCGCAGCCGGCUCGCGACGCUUGGUUGCGCAUCUUGGAGGAGGCACUCGUCGCUUCCGAAUCUGGACCUCGAAAUGAGCAUGGUGAGGAUGCUCGUUCGCGCUGCGAGUUCCAAUGUGAUCUCGGACAAGCGUAUCUGCACCUCCUGACGCAGUCGUUUGCAUGCUCGGGAGCGUUUGGUGCAGAUCGCUUGCUGCAGGGCGCAGAAGCGACCAGCGCUACGACGAUGCUGGGCGGCAUGCAGCAGCGUAUUGUUAUUCCUGCUACGCUGUUCAACAGCACCGCCGACUAUCUAGCCGCAGUAUAUAGCCAAAGGUGGUGUGUACGUCUUUUCCAAAGGCGCUGGUGUCGGGGCCAAAGUCCGUGGCGGAGGCCCUGUCCCGAGCAAUCCUGCAGCGAGGCGUGUAUCUGGCGUGCACUUUUUCAUCCGUAUGCCCCAGGAGUACGCACUUGGGCGCUUCGCGUCCUCGCACAGCGACCAGGGUACUGGCGUUGGCUCUUUCACCAUAGAAUCCUGCUGUUUGGUUGUUGGCAAGCGCUCCGACACGGUUGUGUUGACAUGCUCGACGCGUACUGGGCGCUAUGGAGUUGGCUAUGGCACCACGAGCGAGCCUGGGUGGACUUUUGGGACUCCACUGGCGGCCUGGAGUUGCUCUGUACCGUGAUUGCUUUCGCAGCUGGCGGUGUACCCUCUGGUGCAGACUCGAAAACGGCCAUAGCUUGUGGAUGUAGGCGAAACGCUUGGGUUCCGUCGCUCGCGGAAGCAGUCAUUCAUGCAUGCUUGGAGCGCAUCCAGGAGGCUGUGGUGCUGCGAGGGCGUUUACAGUGGACACGAGCUGCACUGGACUGUUUGCUCUGUGCGUUUGAAGCGCUCUAUGUAGUUGCCGACACGAGGAUGUCGCUAGCGGCGCAGUUAGCGCUGCUGAUACAACGCCAAGCGGAACGGGAGCCGCUCCUGGCCCAUUGGCAAGCUCGGUGGAUGACGCAGCGUCUAGAGCGGUUGACAAUGUCAGCUGGGACGGUUUCGUGUUUGCAUACCGGAGCGACAGUGCUCGAAAGGAACGAGGGAAAUGCUUACGAUCGUUGA